AUGUAAAGAGAAUAGGCAGUUUAGAUUGCAGGAUAAUUAUAUAAUUAUUAUACAAAAAAAGGGAGUUUAGACAUUUAAACAAUGAUGGCUAAUAAUUAUAAGAUGAUGGGUAAAUAAUCUCAGAUCUAAUAAGAAGAUAUUGAGGAAUACAAAUAAGUUAUUGGAAGCGGUUAAAAGAAAGAUUUUGAAUAGUUAUGUAUCAGAUAUUUCUGCAACACUCUUCCGAUAGUGAAUUAAUAAAAGAAAUAAAAAUACUCAAAAAUUGCUAAUGACAGAUUAGAAAUUGCAAGGAAAAUUUUCCGUAAAUUUGAUGCAGAUAACUCUGGUACUAUAACUUCGGAUGAAGUUCGAGGAUUAUUAAUUGAAACAUACAAGUAAGUGGGGAUAAACAACUAUCAGCCAACAGAUGAAGAUCUGAAAGAGUGGAUGAAUAUGACAGACACAAAUGGAGAUGGAUUAAUCAGCAUAGAAGAAUUUGAAGAUUUAGUAAUUCGGAGUUUGUAGAGUUCUGGAAUAGAAAUAUAUUAGAAAUGA